GCAGCAUUGUUGUUUUUUCUUCUCUUAGACGAACAAAGAAAAGUUCUCUUUUCCGCCUCAAACAACCAAUCUAAGCAACAAGGAGAUUUUUGGAUCUAAACACAUUCAACUCAAAAUAUGACAGGAGAAGAAGCUGUUGCUACACCAGUCCCAGUUGAGGCAGCAGCCCCAACUCUAGGCGAGCCCAUGGACAUCAUGACUGCACUACAGCUAGUAUUGAAGAAGUCACUUGCUCAUGAUGGUCUCUCUAAAGGUCUCCAUGAGGGUGCAAAGGUCAUCGAAAAGCAUGCUGCCCAGCUCUGUGUGCUUGCUGAGGACUGCAAUCAGGUUGAUUACGUCAAACUUGUCAAAGCUCUAUGUGCUGACCACAACGUCUCUUUGAUCACUGUUCCAAGUGCAAAAACUCUUGGAGAAUGGGCUGGUUUGUGCAAAAUUGACUCAGAAGGAAAAGCCAGGAAGGUUGUUGGUUGCUCCAUGGUUGUUGUUAAGGAUUACGGUGAGGAGUCUGAAGGCCUUCACAUUGUCCAGGAGUACGUUAAGUCCCAUUAAGUAGAUGUUUUCUUGAGCUUAAAUUGAAUUGAAGGGAGAAAAACUUGUUACAUUUAGGAAGUUUUGGAUAUUUGUUGUUUUAAUACUUCUAUGUUAGAGUAGAACUAUUGUUCCUCAAGUAUUUGGGUUGGAUUCAAUGUUUCUCUAUUUGGUAUUAAGGGUUACUGUUAAUCUACUUCCCCCUUUUAUUCAUGUUUUCUGCUAUGAGACUUUCAA